UGUUGUUACCUGCUCGGCUUCGGUCGGCUCCAGCUCGGCCAUGUUCAAGUGUCCCCUGGUUCUCCUGCUGCUGCUGGUAGAGGGUGAUUAGCUGUUGUCGGCUAGCAUGGCUAACCCGGAAUACUAGCGGACAGAAUCAGUGCAGGAGGUUAAUGCCGAGGGUCCGUCCUCUCGGUGGGGAAAUGCUCUAACCCUGGCCACGCCUAUCGCGAGAUUUAAUCUUAUCCGCCUUCUCAGUUGACAAGCAACAAGCAACAAGUUUGUCGCUGACAGUGAUGAGAUUACGGGGAAACGAGAUAAGAGACACGAGAUACAGGAACCGCGUAUUGUUCCACGCAUGCAAACUUUUUGUUACUCAAGACAUGAUAUAGAAAUGUAGACUGUACUAGCUACCAUAGAAAUGUUGACAUAGACGCUGGAUUGACAGCUUUGACCCGUUGCGGAGACACGUCAACGACGCCGCCAUAUUGGAGAGGUCAAGACUGGCCUUUAGGCAAAUCCAACGGGGGAGCUGUGUGUACUCUGGCUAAGAAACACUAUAACGUUUACAUUUCUAAACAUAUUUCAAUGAGGCGUGUAUAUAUUUAUAUUCAUUCAUGAUAUAUAUAUUCUUAUAAAAUAUUAUUUAUUUUAUUUUUGUAUUUAUAUUUCUGUGCUUCACAUAGAUCACAUAUCCUUGAAUAAAAACGACUCAAUGAAAUCGAUUGAGAAAUGUAAACUAAAGUGCCUUUUAUCGAUUAAAAUCCGCGGCUCGCCCGUACACUCGCAUUGGUUCACGGGCCAUUCUGUGCCUCCCCAAUAUGGCGGCUGCAUUGACGUACAACGCGGAUUCUAUCUCUUAUGUGUAUGGUGGCUGCUGACUCAAAUAACGCUACUACGCGUGAAUAACAAACGAUCACCCAGCAUGCACUUCUGCGUUACAGGAAGCGCUCAAGUCAGCUUGGCGCCAGGCGCGUCAUCCGCCGGCUUGGUCAACUUUAGCGCGUGAGCGUCCAGACUCUGGACGGGUUCAGAAAGUGUAAUUCAUGGUUCUGCCGGUUAGUUUUUAACGUUUUCUGUCAUCGCACCAGUUAAUACCUUGUCGAUAUUAAGCUCGCUUUUCACCAAUUUGAGAAGUAGUAGUAACUGUCCCAAAGCGGUAUAAUGGAUAUAGAGACCAGGGACGCACGGGGACGUGCGUGUCAUCUCCUGUCCUUCUGCGGAAGGUUUGGUUCAUUGCAAUGCAGGCGUGGUGGUGAAAGCAAUGCAUCCGAGAUAUCGUUCCGCAGCCUCAAGUUCAACACAGAGCAGAACUCUUUCCUGGCUGCGGAUGACGUGCGUGUCCUAUACAAAAAGCGUGCUGCAGAUCUGAACAUUGUAACAUGUGCGUGUGUCUACGACCUGCAGACAAGAGUCAGUAGCCCGUUUAUUUUGCUGAAGAAGGGCAAUAAAGAGGGAAGCUACACCUACAUCCUCCUCUCCCUCAACUGCGCUAUGAAACAGGACACAAAGAUGACGUUUAAACUGCCCUACCAGCUGAGCGAGAAGGUGCACAUCAUGCACGGCCCGGUAGUGUGGUGGACCCGUGCAGGGGUGGGCUUCUCCGCUUGUGUACAGGAGGGACGUGACGCAGGAGUGGUCAGACCGACACACGCCUGUCUGUCCCGUCCUCUGAUUGGACUGCUACCUCUUCACAAAGGGGAUGUGUUCGUACUUGGGCCGAUGGCCGAUCAGUUCCAGAAGGGCUUCUCCACAACGGAAAUAUCAGGACACCAAACACCGAGCCAGGGCCAUGGCUGUCUGCUGGGGAGGGAGGAGCUGUUUGACCCCAGCGUGAUGCUACCCCGCGCCUACCUCCCCAUCACCCGGUCCCUCCUGGUGCUCCGGGCCGACGCCGAGGGCGGCGUGCCGACCGGCUCGUCGGUCGUCGCGGCGACCUCUGAGAAGCAGCUGGUCCGCUUCGAGGACGGCGUUCCCCGAGACGUCUGCCCGCUCCCCUUCGACGCCCCCGAGGACCUCCGUGUGGCCGACACCGGGAGGAACGGCCGCCUGAUCGCGGUCUCCUUCGACCAGGGCCACGUCGCCGCGGUCUGGGAGGACGCCUUCCAGGUGGCGGCCCAUUGGUCCCUGGUGCGGUCCGUCCAUGUGGAGGACUUCCUGGGCUGCGGGACGGAGCAGCUGCUGUUGGUGUUUGAGGAGGAGGAGGAGGAGGAGGAGGAGGACGGGACGGGACGUCCGGUCGAGAGGUUCCUCCUCACAGACCUCUGUGGCAUCUCCUUAUCGAGUGGUCAGAAGAACAGGGAGGCCUCUGCGUCUCUCCCCGCGGGACACAACCACCUGCUCACCUUCCAGGCCCUAGAGUCAAGGCUCCAGAGUGGUCUGUCGGUGGUCCAGGCCCUCCGGAGCGACGAGCGGCUGAAGCAGAGGGUCCUCCUGCAGGCCCUCCAGGCCCUCUCAGACAUGGUCUCUGGGAGGGAGACGAUCCUCACGCCCCCUGAGCAGGAGGGCCUGUUCUCUCUGUGGGACGAGGAGGCUGAAGCAGAGGAGGUCUGUGACGAGGAGAUGCAGGUGGAUUCUCCGGAGGGUCAGGUGAUGUCCUCCGGACCCCGGCUGGAGAGGCUGUGGCAUCGCUUCGUUGACGACCACCUGGUGGUGGGCGCCAUGGUGACGGUGGACGGCUCUAGCCCAGUGGACUGUGUGAGUUUAUCCCUCCUGACAAACGCCGGCCGAGGCUCGGCGCCCGCAGCCCUCCAGACCCGCAGCCAAGUGUUCCCGCUCCCCUCCCCCUCCUCCUCCUCCUCCCCCCCCCCGGGGCCCGCGGCCAAGAGAGGCAAGGCGGACCCCGACGACGGACCCGACCGCAGCGCCCCCGGGCCGCCGCGGCGGCUGGCCGUUACCGCGGCGACCCGGCUGACGUCUCUGCUGACCCGGGGCCGGGUCAAGUGCCCGGUCACGCUCCGGUACGUCCGGAGAGAGGUGACCCCCGCGGGGAGACCAGCUCUCCGGAGAGAGACCGCCCCCGGGGAGAGACCGGUGCAGGCGGCCCUCCAGUGCGGUCAGGUGACCCUGGAUAUCCGGACGGACUUCCACGGCGGCGCGCUGACCGACCCCGCCCUCGCCACGGAGGAGGGCCUGCUGAGUGCGCUGUCGGUGCUGGACCGCUGGCUCUUCCUGCUGGACUCCCCCCAUCACAGCCUGGGCGACAUGGAGGACUGGAUUCAGAAGGCCGCCUGCUGCACCAGGUCGAAGGUCAACCCUCGGUACCUGGUGACCCACCCCCAGGGAGCGGCCGCCGCCAUGUUGCUCCGCUGGAGCCCCGCCUCCCCGUUCCGGGGGGAGCUCUCGGUACACGGCAGCCGGCUGCAGGCGCUGCAGUUCCUGGAGCGGCUCUGUGGCUUCCUGCUGGCAUCCUGCAGCGUGCGGCUCCUGGGGGACCCCGAGCCCCAAGCGGGGCCCCGGGCCCUGGCCCUCGCCCUGGAGGCAGAGGCCCUCCUGCUGAGGGGGGGCGCCUCGUCCCUGCUGAGCGGUGAGGAGGAGGAGGAGAGGCCGGGGCCCCCAGACGACCCCCCUGAGGAGGAGGAGCGCGCCCGGCGCAGGCGGGAGUGGGAGGAGGAGCUGGGGCGGAGCCGGCGGCGGCUCAGCCCCCCGGUGGACGCGGCGCGGUACUGCAGCCUGACCCGGGGGCUGUGUGAGGUGCAGCGGCGGGCCGACGUGGCGGCUCUGCUGCUGGGCCGGACGGGGUCAUGUGACCCGGCGCUGCGGCGGUAGAACGGCCAGGCCCGGUGAGACGGUGGCCACGCCCACGGAGAGACCGUGGCCACGCCCACGGAGAGACGGCGACCACGCCCACGGAGAGACUGCGACCGCGCCCACAGAGACGGCGGCCACGCCCACGGAGAGACAGUGGCCACGCCCACAGAGACGCCGACCACGCCCACGGAGACGGCAACCACGCCCAAACCUGAGAGGCUGUUGUUGUGGAUCAGUGGGGGCGGGUGAUACAUGCGAUCGGCUCCUCCUUCUCCUCCGAAUAAACCCUCUUUGAUACCCGAGCGGAUGUGUUGUGCUCAUGGUGAACCCUGACAGAAAUAUUGAGCCUCUGGUAACCGAGGCACAUUGCGAUGUGCCGAUGUGCCAGUGUGUGCCUAGCCUUUUAGACCUCCUCUUGGGACCCCCCCUUCCCAAACACGCACACACAUGUCCCCCCCCCCUCCUGUUGGCUGGGGGUGUGUGCAGCAGAUCAACCCAGUCGCCCAUGGGGACCCCCCCGGGUCCUAAAGCCUCGAAACUGUUGGAUUCAAGGUCCCAAAUCUGAUAGCGGGCUCAUCGUGUGUGUGUGUGUGUGUGUGUGUGUGUGUGUGUGUGUGUGUGUGUGUGUGUGUGUGUGUGUGUGUGUGUGUGUGUGUGUGUGUGUGUGUGUGUGUGUGUGUGUGUGUGUGUGUGUGUGUGUGUGUGACACAGCUGAAUCCCUGCUGUUUGUCGCUGGUGGAACCUCGCUGAUGUCGAGCCGUGAGUUCCACCGUAGCGCCACAGCCCCCAACGGCCGCUCUGGGCUUCAGCUAACGGUGAAAGCUUUUAGCACCACCUCUCACUCAGGGCUCGGCCGUAACUCUGUUAAAUGUCUUAGAAACAACAAGACAACAACAACAAACUCAGAUAUUCUGCGUCCCACGCCGCGGCCGUAAGUGCUGGUAUUUAAAGCUCUUUCCUUUGUGAACCCGUAGCCUUAAAACCUUGAAUACAGAAAUAAAGAGACAGGUGUA